GAUUUAUAUUUGGUUAACCUUCUAAACGAUAUUGAUCCAUAGCUCUUGAUCAGGCAAGAAAAGCAAUCGAUCAUUUUUCCAUCUGUCGUGAAAGAAUAUACACGUGAACAUCCAACAGCAUACGUGCUUGCAUAUUAUAUACGUGUACAAAUCUAUCCAAAUUAGUAUGAACCAAUUUGGCUUAAUGUAUAGAUUGAGUUAAUUCAAUGUGAGGGGAUAUUUAAACGUAAAAAAAAUAAAAGAAUAAUUUUUCAUUCUUCUCUAUAAACAACUAUGAUUGCAUACGAAAAGAUUGUUCAGAUAUCAACGUAUGAAAUACUUAAACUACAUUUCCUCUCUUUCGUGUAUGGCUUAUAUGUGAUAGCGAAGCGGUUUCUUAAAUGGGCCUGGGACCCCAAAAAAUUCUUCAUGAUGCAACAGCGGGACAAACCUCCGCCUUGUCUAGUAGACAAUAAUUUGGGAACGCAUUCUUAUGUAAAAAUAAAGGGUGUAAAGUUUCAUUAUCUAGAGGCUGGAAGUAGAGACAAACCACUUAUAUUACUUUUGCAUGGGUUCCCUGAUUGCUGGUUUUCUUGGAGAGAACAAAUACCAUGCCUUGCUGAUCAUUAUAGGGUAAUAGCAAUAGAUUUGAAAGGAUUUGGUGACAGUGAUAAGCCAUCAACCAAACGUUCAUAUAAAAUUGAGAUUUUAGUGGAAGAAUUAAAACAAUUUAUUUUAACCUUCGGAGUGAAACAAUGCAGUAUAAUUGGACAUGAUUUGGGUGGACUAUUGGGAUGGUAUAUGGUUGCCUUAUAUGAGGACAUGAUUUAUAAAUUCGUAACAAUUUCAUGUCCCCAUCCGAAUUUUUAUUGGAACAGAUUGCCUGGAAAUUUUGUGUUUGAUUCAAAGUGGAUACACUUUAGUAGAUUGCCAUUUCUUCCUGAAAUUGAUGCUCUUAAAGAAGAUUUAUCUAUCAUAAAUGACACCUACCAACACCUUCAAUUGGAUCAGACAAGUAAUACAAAAAAUUACAUGGAAGCAUACAAGUAUGCAUUUAGUAGAAAGGAGGAUUGGACAGGUGCAAUUAACUAUUAUCGGAAUCUUCCAUUCAUAAGGCUUAGUACAGAAUCUAAUGAACUGAUUUAUACGAGAACUUUACUCAUAAUUGGAAACAUGGAUCCACUUGUUACAAUAGAAAAUAUUGUACAAAGUUCUGAAUAUGUUGAAAAAUUUAAUGUGAAAGUAAUCUCUGGAGCACAACAUUUUCCACACCAACAAAAACCAGAUGCUGUGAAUAAAGCAAUUUUAAAGUUUUUCAUGGGUACAACUAAUACCCUAGAAAAGACACCACCUAAAGGUAUUAUGACUUCUUGGUUAGGAUCCUUAAGUAAUACUGUUAAAUAUGGCAAUCAUAUGUUUGAUGCUGUUCAUAAGAAGACUAGUGGUGUAGUUAAUGUUUUACCUACUAAAGUACUUCACUCAGGUCAAACCACGAAUUAAGUCAUAAUCGUAUGGGCAGCUAUUUUUAUUCACAUCUGAAACUACAUUGCUAACCUCCAAUAGCAUAAAGACACAAAACAG